CUUCUCGGCAGCCCGGGGCCCGGAGCGCGUAAGGGAGAGCUCAGCCACGGAACCGAAAUCCUGAUUCUCGGGAGCCUCCCACCCCGCCUCCCUAGGCGAGGAGGGCGCGGAGACACCGCUGGGGGCGGAGGAGGAGGCCAGGAGGCGGGGAGGGGGAGGCAAACCCUGCCCACUCGGCUCGGAGCCUGGAACGGCCGCGGAAGUCGGAGGCCGGCGCGCAGGGCGAGAAGGGCACCGGGGGCGGGGGGCUCUGCUCCCCGCGUGACCCCGCUCGCCCCCAGCCAGGAAAGUGAAGGCUCUUCGGACUUUUAGAGCCUGCAGACAGACAGACCGACCGAGACUGCCGGCCGCACCGGGUCAAGGACUUGCCCCACCCGUGCCCCCCACCAGGCGCUCCCAACUCACUGGUGAGCGCGGCGGCCCGGGCGCUGGAUGCGGGGGCGGCCGCGAUGGCCCGGCGCGUGGGACAGCCGGGGCUUCGGGGGCCGCUGCUGCCGGGGCUGCUGCUCGCGGCGGCAGCGCUGAGCCGGCCCGCCGCGCCCUGUCCCUUCCAGUGCUACUGCUUCGGCAGCCCCAAGCUGCUGUUGAGCUGCGCGUCGGGCGCCGAGCUCCGGCAGCCGCCACGGGACGUGCCACCCGACGCGCGCAACCUCACCAUCGUGGGCGCCAACCUGACGGUGCUGCGCGCGGCCGCCUUCGCCGACGGGGACGGGGACGCGGACGGAGAGGAGGCGGCGACUCCUGGUGUGCGCCUGCCAUUCCUCGCCGCGCUGCGCCUCACGCACAACAACAUCGAGGUGGUGGAGGACGGCGCCUUCGAUGGGCUGCCCAGCCUGGCGGCGCUCGACCUGAGCCACAACCCGCUGCGCGCCCUGGGCGGCGGCGCCUUCCGCGCGCUGCCUGUGCUGCGCUCGCUGCAGCUCAACCACGCGCUGCUCGACCGGCCCCUGCUGGACCUGGACGAGGCGCGGCUGCGCUGCGCCGACGGCGACCUCGACGGGCGCGGAGAAGAGGCAGACGCCGCCGGCCCGGAGCUGGAAGCUUCCUACGUCUUCUUCGGGCUGGUGCUGGCGCUCAUCGGCCUCAUCUUCCUCAUGGUGCUCUACCUAAACCGCCGCGGCAUCCAGCGCUGGAUGCGCAACUUGCGCGAGGCCUGCCGGGACCAGAUGGAGGGCUACCACUACCGCUACGAGCAGGACGCAGACCCGCGCCGCGCGCCCGCCCCGGCCGCCCCCGCCGGCUCCCGCGCCACGUCCCCAGGCUCAGGCCUUUGAGCCUCGCCUCUUGGAGAUCGGGGGCUGCCCUGCCAGCGGACGACCUCACUGGGGCCCUGGUUUGGGGCCGUGGAAUAAGACACUCGGGAGCUCCAGGACCAGCCCCAGACCAGCCUGAGACCUUUGGACCAUGGUAUUCCACUCCGAGGCUCCAAGUUGUACCCCCUCCCUUGGAGUCACCGCAUCUGAUUCCAGAAACUGCACCUGCCCACCUGCUCUGGAAGCCCUCUCACCCUUUCCGGAAUCACCCAGAGACCCUGUCUUUCAAUCUGAAAACCCGAGACAGCCUCACCACUCUGUGCUUUGAGCCUGACCGCCUACACUGCGCUGACUCCUGUCCCCAGCUGGAAGCCCUCAGUCCCUCUUCUCAGGGCUCAGAGGCUUCGCGUCCCAUUCUGGUCUCAGAAGCAGAGCGCCCCCAUCAGAAGGUUUUUGUAGACUUUGAGCCCUUUAUCCUGCCCUGGAGCGCUGAGCCCUCCAUCCUGCAUGGAGAUCUACAUCCUGGGGCCCUGAGGGUUGGCAUCCUCCCCGACACUGGCGGUGUAUUUCAUUCCCCAGCCCGGGCUUGGCCUCUCUCUUCCACGGCCCAGGCUUGGGGCUUCAGUCCCAGUCUGCCUUUCCCUUUCCAAGGAGAAGCAGCCGCUUUCCUAGCCUUAGAGUGGCUUCCAUCCUCAGCCUUCCGCACCAGUAUUCUGACCCCCCAGCACUCACUGGUUGCCCCCAACCUCAUACGCUCCACUCAUGCAUCUGAGUUUCAUUCCCUUGCCUAAGUUAUAGGUUCUCAUUCGCCCACUACCAUAACUUGGGCUUGUACCCACCCCUGCCCUUCCCCUGCCAGAUUUCCAGUGAGGAACCCGUCGCUGGGCUGUGCCACCCGCUUCCCUCCCCGAUGAGCUCUCCAGUCCCACGGGACCAGCGCAGAUGCCAGCACCUCAGUGUGCACUGGCAGAUCCGCAUGGGGAGGGAGAGUGCUGGGUGUGCACGGGGAUGGUGGGGCCUCAGAGUUGUGGGAGGGCCCAUUUCUCCAGACUGCUGUCCCCUCCCCUGUUGUCUUAGGGAUUCCUUGCCACCACACCCCCACCCAGCCCGGAGGCCUCUGGAAGAGGAUUGGGGUCUCACCCGUGUCUCAGGCACAAACCCUCCUGUUCAGGGUCAGAGCCUCAGCGCCCUGCCUUCUGCAUGAUCCCAAAGCACAAUUGGUGAGUGGGGACGGGGCUGCCCUCCCUGCUCCUACCCCUAGGUCAGGCAGAAUGGCUGGCCUGUGCUGCCUCUGCACACAGGACUUCUUCCUUUACUGUAUCGGCUUGAGGCCUGCCUUCCCAGCCCUUCCCCAAGAAAUCUGCACCUCCCUCGAGCAGUUUUCUAUAAAGUCUGCAAUAAUCUCA